AUGAGUGGGACGGCCGGGGAUGCGGGGAACACCCCGUCAUGUGCGGAAGUGGAGGAAGAAGGAUGGCUGCUUCUACUCGCAGCAUUUAUCGGCUGCUUUGUUGACAACGGGGAGGGAAGGGAGGAGGAUCCAUUGGGAGCAUGCGGCGCGGUGGGAGGUGACACGGAGCCAUCGGGCGGCAUGACGGGGACGGCCGGACGAUAUGUUCUCGACGGGGUGCGUCGGGCGUUGCGAUAUUUGGUGCAUGACAGCGACGCACUGAGGGCAAAGAGGGAGCUGGAGCACGUUGUGGACGCUGUGAGUGAGGGGUUUUGGCGGCAACUGCGCUCUACACGGCGCCCCUGCCGCCGCGGUGAUGAUGCGAAGAACGAUUUGGGCGGUGACGAUACGACGAGGGACGAAGAGAAGAUGUUGCAGCUGCUUUACAGACUGGCAGGCGUCCUUCCUCACAGCACCACGACGUUGAAUGUCGUGUUGCCAGCCGAAUUGCUGUACGUGGUUUAUUACUUGGCCUACAUGCAGUGUGGUCCGCAAGCAUGGCAGGUAGAGACGACAGAUAGCCGAUGGGUCCAGCUUUUUUUUGGUCCUUUGCUUUGUGCCGGUUCGACCAUGGUGGAAAGCAGCAUGACGAACGAUUUUGCUGCUUCAACGGCAUUAUUUUCUUUACACGCUCAUGGAAUGGAACCCGGAGGGCGACUGCCACAAGAGGAGAACAUGCGCCUCCACAUGACGCGUUUUUCCCCCCGCUGCACGGCUCAUAGAGACACCAAAAACGUUCAGUUAUUUGUGGAUGCAUACCACGCAUGGCUUAUGCGAGAUUAUCACGGCGUGUUGGAGCACACGGAACAACUCUUUCAACUAUUGCCAUUUGGGGAAGAGAACCAAUCGCGCUUCUCGUGGGUUAUGCUUCAAUCUUUACAUUUCAUAUAUGUAUUUUCGUCUAUCGCGAUAACAAACACAUCACACCCUGCGGCUAGAGAAGAGCUGAAGGGAAGGCUUCAACGUGUGAGAGUUGAAAGCAAUAGUGAUAGUUAUGAGCGUUAUGUGAGCUCUGUAUGGGGGGAAGGUACGUCCUUGCAUACAUGUCCGUCUUUGCUUUGCGCCGCUUACAAUCUGGUUUAUUGUGAGAUUUCGCAUAGCGGGGGGAAUCACCACGGCGAGGAGGAGGGCGACGGUUGUCUUCAUGACGAGCGGCAGCCACAGCCAUCGAAUUCAUUGGAGUGCUGGCAGGAAAUGUUUUUGCUCACGCUACGGGUGUGGCUGCGGGCGAAGCGACUUACCGAGGAGGGCUGUAUGACCGACUCGAGAGAUCUUCUUCUUCACACAUUGGAACGACUUUACAGCCACAGCUGCCGCACCAGAAAUAACAAAAGUCGUAGCGUCAUCACAGUUUUCUCGCCUCCACUCACUGCGGGAGCGAAUGCCAUAGACCCUGGUGGUGCUGCCAGUGGUGGCGGUGGCAAUGAUGCCACUAAAGAAGAUGCUUCCAUCUCUGCAGGUGAGGGUGAAACACACGUCGUGAUUCUUUUAAUGUCUUCGAUGUGGCUUCGGAAUCUGUUGCUGGUAAAUUGCGCGGCUCUUUCCGACACGCGUACCCCACUGCACUUUAUGGAUCAUCUCAGGCAACCGCUUACUGCUGCUGAGCUGUUGUACCUUGCGGCGUGCCCAACACUUGCUGCAGGUGGUGUGCAUUCCCCCAUCUUUGCUUUAUUUCCAAUUGAUGAUGCAUGGGAAAUGAAUCCGGCGACCGGCGUGAAUGAAUCACUGGAACGUAUGCCGCUUCCUGUACGGGUACCAUUGCUGUCCCAUCGUCUCUGGAAGCUGCGACAGCAACUGCUUCAGGAAUUGCCACGAUUUCCUGAUGAAAAUGGCGAGUGUGACGAUCAUCGUGUUUCACUGCAGAGGGAGAUGAUACAUCUCUGCGAGUCCCUUGCGAUGAGCGCGCGAGGGUUGUUUGGUUCUUUGGACUUGAGUUUCACGGACUGUGCCCCACACCGUAUUGUGUUUGAUGCCAUCAUUAUGGCCUGUGAUGUGCAGGAGGAUAUUCUACGCAGCGCCGCGUUAUCGUUGGCAAAUGCCUCUACGUUCUCUCUCCCAACUUCACCGUGUAGCAGCAGCAGCAGCAGCAGUGGCAGUGAUAAAGAGCGCACCGCAGGAAUAAUGAGUGAGGCAUCAAACAUUGUCGAUAGAGAGACGAAUACAGAUACCAUGCUGACGUCGUACAUUAUGUGCACAUCAGCAGGCGACUCGCCCUCAUUCAUCUCUAGUGUAACACGCGUUCAUGACAAAAGCAGGAGCAGCAUAGACGACAACAGCGAAAAUAAUAAUAUUAAUGAUGAUAAUGGUGAUGCUGACAGUGAUAGCUGGCUAAUGACAAAUCGCGCGGCGUUGUUGAUUUCACCAUCGGAAUUAAGUCAAGCAUCUUCUUUUGUCGCAUGUACUGCGGUGGCGGCGCAGGAAUUGUACUGGUUUUCCUACAGAAAAUCACACGAAUGGAUGGAAAUCCUUCAGCAUUUUUUCCCGCAAUUGCCCCUUUUGGUGCAGGUAUGCCAACUGCGUGUCGCUGCUGCAGCCUUCGACAGGGGGAUCGCACGUCUUGCUCGAAAUUUGCUCGCAACAUUUCAUGAAAACGCCUUGGUUGCCUCACACGUCGCAUUGGCACUGUUUGCAAGCCUUCAUGUGGUGCCGGCAGAGCGGUGUAUUCAUGAUGCUCUUCAGAAGCAUCCUCACUCGGCAGAGAUGCGUCGCCUUUACCGCGUAAUAUGCGGUCACAAUAAUAUUUCAAGACAGGAACUGCAGAGAAAUGGAGAUGAACAAGAAGCGAAAGGAUGGGUGAGAAAACAUUUGAUCAGGCCCGAUUUUACUCACCGUUAUCGCGGCGUGCUUCCGGUGAAAUAUGUUGCCUGCGAGCAGCACGGAUACAAGGCCGUUUAUGUGCCACUUGUAAUGUCCCUUGUUUGCAUUGGUGUUCUUGUAUUGUGCUUUGUGCUGCACCUGAGGGAUGUUGACCUCACCACUGAAAGGACCAUCCUUAAGGAUGACGCUGUGUUCCGCUGGUCUUUCGCAUUGCCCUCCACUUUUUUAACGUAUUUGGGAUUUGGAGUUGUUCUAUACGCUUUUGCGGCUGCGGCCUUGGUCCCAUUUCUUACAUCGCGUCGUGUGGGUGCCAACAAUCGGGUUCAGCACGUCGAAAUGUUUCUUCACGCUCUUAUGGAGUGGAAUUGUUUGGAAGAUGAUACUCCGAAUCAACUUGUAUUUUGCUUGCGUGGCCUGCCAUUAGUGAACCUGUUGACCGGCGUUCAACUCGUCGUGAGCAAUGCACUUUGGCUUAAAACACAUGCAGGGAAGCCGUGCAUUUCAAACGAUGCCAGAAUUAUUCCCGAUGAAUGCAAUCGCGUGUUCACGGGAUGGGGAACGGUGCAGCUACUUGUUAUCGUCGUUCUUCUGGCGAUUGCCGUGCUUUUUUAUGGGCGUGCAUGGCGGGUGAUACGCUACCGGGAUGUUUUGGUGGGACCCCUUGCAACAUUCAUCACAAUUUUUUUUAUUGACGUUGCUGCAUUACUGGUUUUUUUCCCAGUUAUAUUCCUCUGUUGUGUACUGUUGGAGCCGCUUUUGUUUUUUAUUAGUGUCGUCUUCAGCGUCGCAUUCGCAUCGCCAUUACUGACGGAGCAUCUUCCAACUGUUCCAACAGACAUGGUUCUGGCCUCAACUAUUUUACCCCGCACCCCCACUGCCACCACCAGGGCCGUGGGACGCUGGGGCGGAUUUACGGCGCUAUUUUUGGAGCAGGUGACCUUGCAGGUACGUGAACGGCUCCGUGCAAGCAUGCCACCGCUUCACUGGUUCCCUUCUCGACACCACGACUGUUCAAUUCUCUGCUUUCACGAGGUGUUGCAGCCGCUGAGCAACGACGGCAAGGAUGCCUCAAACUCAACCGGGGGGUUUAUUUUACAAUUUCUGAGGUUGGCUGCAUCCCGUGGUAUUGCAGUAUGUGCUUUCCUGCAGGACAUCGUAAAUUGGCGCAUCCAUCGCAUUCCUCAAGACAGUGAGGCGGCGGUACAGUUGGCGCUUUUGCGUGAGAGUUUUACUGCGGUGGUCGUUCCUGCACCAGCCGACGUAACCUCCACAUUGAACGAUUUGUGGGGUGUCACCACAAAAGUUGAACUCGAUACAUGUGCGACCCGAUUCGCUACACCACCCCGGUGGAAAGUGUCAUCCACAACCCCGUAUGGCUAA